AUGCAUUUGUCCUUCUUGCUCGCCUGCCUCAGUGCAGUCGGCAUUCAGGGUGCUGCUAUCGUACGCUUUUCCAGACAGAUAGUAGUGAAUGAUACCGAGCCUACCUCGAACAUCAGCAGCAUCCAGGGAGUUGCUGCUAUCACGGAUGGCUACUGGCUGAACGACCUCUCCGGUAACGGAAGAGCCGCCUUCAACGCCAACGGCGCUUACAAGGUUUUCCGCAACGUCAAGGAGUACGGAGCAAAGGGUGACGGUGUUACCGACGAUUCCGAUGCAAUCAACCGUGCCAUUGCCGACGGCAACCGUUGCGGUCCCGGCGUGUGCGACUCGGCCACUGAUUCCCCGGCCGUUGUCUACAUCCCUUCUGGAACGUACCUUAUUGGCAAGCCCAUCAUCUUCUACUACAUGACUCAGCUCAUCGGCAACCCCCGAGGUCUUCCUGUCUUGAAGGCUGCUCCUACCCUCCAGGCUAUUGCUCUCAUCGAUGCUAGUCCUUACCAGAACAACGGUGCACCCGGCUGGACAUCAACCAACAUCUUCCUGAGGCAAAUCCGCAACUUGAUCAUCGACGGCACUGCUGUUGCACCAACCAGCGGCUUCCAGGGUAUUCACUGGCCCGCUUCGCAAGCCACGACCAUCCAGAACGUCAAGAUUCGCAUGACACAGGCAUCAAACUCAGUCCACGCUGGUAUCUUCGUCGAGAACGGAUCUGGUGGCCACAUGGCUGACCUCGACAUCGAGGGCGGCUUGUACGGCAUGAACAUUGGAAACCAGCAGUUCACCAUGCGCAACGUCAAGAUCUCCAAGGCCGUUACUGGUAUCUCGCAGAUCUGGGAUUGGGGCUGGUUGUACGCUGGUCUUACGAUUAGUGACUGCGGCACUGCUUUCUCUAUGAGCAACGGUGGCUCGGCUAAUAAGCUUGAGGUCGGCUCUGUUGUCAUCAUCGACUCUGAGAUCACCAACUGCCAGAAGUUUGUCGAUAUGGCCUGGACGCGUAACAGCGUCCCUACUGGUGCCGGACAACUCAUGUUGGAGAACAUCAAGCUCAACAAUGUACCCAACGCCGUCGUAGGAAACGGCGCUACUGUUCUUCAGGGUGGCACAUUCACUAUCCAGGCUUGGGGUCAGGGUAACAAGUACGCGCCCAAUGCCAACGGUCCGGAGAAGUUCCAGGGAACCUUCACCCCUGUUGCUCGUCCAGGAGGUCUUUUGGAUGGCAACAAGUACUACGCCAAGUCGAAGCCGCAGUACGAGACCCUCAGCUCUGGAGACUUCAUCAGCGCUCGCGGCAGUGGAGCUACAGGUGAUGGUCGCACCGAUGAUACCCAGGCUGUUCAGAACGCCAUCAACAGGGCUGCUUCCUCGAACAAGGUCCUCUUCUUCGAACACGGCGUCUACAGAGUGACCAACACGAUCUACGUGCCCCCGGGCUCCCGCAUGGUCGGCGAGACCUUCCCCUCAAUCAUGGGCUCCGGCUCCGUCUUCUCCAACAAAGACGCCCCCGUUCCCAUCAUGCAAAUCGGCAAGCCCGGCGAGAGCGGCAGCAUCGAAUGGUCCGACAUGAUUGUGCAAACCCAAGGCGCCACCCCAGGAGCCAUCGUAAUCCAAUACAACCUCAACACCUCGCGCGGCUCCGGCCUCUGGGACGUGCACACGCGCAUCGGUGGCGCCAAAGGCACAAACCUACAAGUCGCCCAAUGCCCCUCCACCGUCGGCAGCGUAAAAGCCGAAUGCAUGGCCGCCCACACAAACGUACACGUCACCAAGGGCGCCAACGGCGCGUACUUCGAGAACAACUGGUUCUGGACGGCCGACCACGACAUGGACGAUGCGCGCAGCACGCAAAUCACCAUCCUGACGGGUCGCGGCCUGCACGUCGAGGCAUCCAACGUGUGGCUCUGGGCCAACGGCGUCGAACACCACGCAAACUACCAGUACCAAUUCAACGGCGCGUCUAACAUCUUCGCUGGCUUUAUCCAGACUGAAACACCAUACUACAUGCCCACGCCCGACGCUUCCAACCAACCCUACGGCACGUCCGCCGCCUACAACGAUCCCGUAUAUCCCUCUGGCGCCUCCGCUUACGGUCUGCGGGUGUUGAACUCAAAGAACGUGCUUGUGUACGGUGGGGGUUUGUAUUCUUUCUUCCGCAAUUACAGCACUAGUUGUUCGAGCGCGGAUGCGAGUGGUGGGGCGAGGAUAUGCCAGAAUAGGAUUUUGAGUAUUGAGGGAGACUCGAGUGUCCAGGCUUUUGCGCUGAGUGAGGUGGGCAGUGAGUGGAUGGUUACGGUUGAUGGUGUUGACAAGGCGAGUUGGAGGGACAACUUGAGUGUUUAUUCGAAUACUAUUGGGUGGCUUGGAUACCGAGUUUAA